UUAAAGGAUUUUGCCUCCAUCAACAGAAAAGUGGAGGGGAUAACUUUUUGGAAUUCAGCCUAGGGCUUCCUCUUUGACUUUUCGCUCACUCCUGGCUUGCACUCUCUCUCUCACUCUUUCCCUGAGGAAAGGCUGAUACUUAAGAGGGUUGAUUUAUCCCGAGGAAUUCAGUGCAUAAAGCAUUAACCGCUGUCAGAUAGUGUCACUCAUGAUGUACAGCUUCAUGGGAGGGGGCCUAUUUUGUGCCAUCGUGGGGAACAUCCUGUUGGUGGUCUCCACAGCCACAGACUACUGGAUGCAGUACCGUCUGUCUGGCAGCUUUGCCCAUCAGGGCCUGUGGAGGUACUGCAUGUCUGGCAAGUGCUACAUGCAAACUGACAGCAUUGCCUACUGGAAUGCCACUCGUGCUUUCAUGAUCCUCUCUGCCAUGUCAUGCUUUGCUGGCAUCAUCGCAGGAAUCCUCUCCUUUGCCCACUUCUCUGCUUUUGAGAGGUUCAACCGCUCAUUUGCUGCUGGGAUCAUGUUCUUUGUUUCAACUCUCUUUGUUCUGCUUGCAAUGGCCAUUUACACCGGAGUGACAGUGAACUUCCUGGGCAAGCGCUUUGGUGACUGGCGCUUCUCUUGGUCCUACAUACUAGGCUGGGUGGCACUGCUCAUGACCUUCUUUGCAGGUAUAUUCUACAUGUGUGCCUACAGAAUGCAUGAGUGCAGAAGAGUGGCUGGCCCACGUUAAAAUAAACAGGAAAUAAUGUGUCAUGAGUGCAAAAAAACCAAAACAUUUUCCAUUCGAAAAUAGAGA